AGUAGCCCUGCCCCUCCACGUGACCAACGGCCGCGCGCCCUGCCCGCCCCGUCCCCUCGCUAAGGGGAGGGUCCUGGGCCCCGGGCGGCGAUCGCCAGGUCUCAGGGUUGGGGCUACUCGAGUCUCCGUUUCCUCUCAGUCCAUCCACCCUUCCUGGAUGGGGCCAGAGCCCUCUCUCUAGAAUCUGAGCAGCAAUGCCGUUUGCUGAAGACAAGACCUAUAAGUAUAUCUGCCGCAAUUUCAGCAAUUUUUGCAACGUGGAUGUUGUAGAGAUUCUGCCUUACCUGCCCUGCCUCACAGCAAGAGACCAGGAUCGACUGCGGGCCACCUGCACACUCUCAGGGAACCGGGACACCCUCUGGCAUCUCUUCAGUACCCUUCAGCGGCGGCCCGGCUGGGUUGAGUCCUUCAUUGCGGCGCUGAGGGACUGUGAGCUAGCUGAUCUCGCAGACGAAGUGGCCUGUGUCUACCAGAGCUACCAGCCUCGGACCUCGGACCGUCCCCUAGACCCACUGGAGCCACCGUCACUUCCUGCUGAGAGGCCAGGGCCCCCCACACCUGCUGCGGCCCACAGUAUCCCCUACAACGGCUACAGAGAGAAGGAGCCAAGUUACCCCAUGCCUGUCCAGGAGACCCAGGCGCCAGAGUCCCCAGGAGAGAGUUCAGAGCAAGCCCCACAGACACUCAACCCCAGAGUCAUCCCAAGGAGUCCAGAUGGUGGCCCCCUGGAGCCCUCCUCUGACCUGGCAGCCCUCAGCCCUCUGACCUCCAGCGGGCAUCAGGAGCAGGACACAGAACUGGGCAGUACCCACACAGCAGAUGCGACCUCCAGCCUCACACCAUCCCGUGGGCCUGUGUCUCCAUCUGUCUCCUUCCAGCCCCUGGCCCGUUCCACCCCCAGGGCAAGCCGCUUGCCUGGACCUGCAGGGUCAGUUGUAUCUACUGGCACCUCCUCCUCCUCCUCCUCAUCCCCUGGCUUGGCCUCUGCAGGGGCUGCAGAGGGUGAACAGGGUGCAGAGAGUGACGAGGCCGAGCCUAUCAUCUGCUCCAGUGGGGCAGAGGCACCUGCCAACUCUCUGCCCUCCAAAGUGCCUACCACCUUGAUGCCUGUGAACACAGUGGCCCCGAAAGUGCCUGCCAACCCAGCAUCUGCCAGCACAGUGCCCUCCAAGUUGCCAACUAGCUCAAAGCCCCCUGGUACAGUACCUUCUGUGUUCACCAAUCCAGCACCAUCCAAAUUGCCCAUCAACUCAACCCGUGCUGGCAUGGUGCUAUCCAAAGUGCCUACUAGCAUGGUGCGCACCAAGGUGUCUGACAGCACAGUCCCCACUGACAGGAGCAGCAGAACUGAGGAGACCCCAGCAGCUCCAACACCUGCAGGCGCCACUGGAGGCCGCUCAGCCUGGCCUCCAGCUCUGAGAACGGGAGACAGCAGCUCUGAGAACGGGAGCUUUGAGUUGGAGCUGAGUAAGCCUGGCAUGCUGGUAUCCCAGGCAGACAGCCAGUUCUCAGGCUGCUCCGAGGAUCUUGCCAUCAGCGCCAGCACCUCCUUGGGCAUGGGGCCCUGCCAUGGCCCAGAGGAGAAUGAGUACAAGUCCGAGGGCACCUUUGGGAUCCACGUGGCUGAGAACCCCAGCAUCCAGCUCAAGGGCAACCCUGGGCCACCUGCGGACCCGCAGGGUGGCCCCAGGCCACACAUCGACCAGAAGUUCCAGGAGUGGGAGGUGCCAUGCCACAGGCCCUCACCUGGGGCUCUGUGGCUCCAGGCGGCUCUGGCAGGGGUGCUGGUAGUCACAUUCCUGGUAGCGAUGUACCGGCGGCGCCUGCACUAGUGAAGCCCUGGGCCCUUCCCACCACUCAUCUGCUCCAUUCCUGCAGUACAACUCACCCCUCUCCGAAGCCCCUUGUCCCUUUCUUGGGGAUGGUGGAGGCUGGGUCAGAGGGAGCUAAGGGACUGCAGGCCUGCCUGCAGGACGUGCUUUGGCUGAACCAAGUCCUUAGAGCAGCAUCUCUGUUCCCACUGUGCCCUGUGUGGGUCCCCGUCCUUGGCUUUCUGGGUCCUGGGCUGCCCCCAGUGCUCCAGACCUUCCCCACUGGCAAUCCAUGUUAUCAUCCAUGUCCUCCAGAGGAGCUUCCUCCUCCAGGUCUCAGCCCUGUUGGCCCAAGUGGAUCAGGAGGGAUCACUGGAGCACACGGUGCUUGGGAAUGCUUCUCCUGUUGCAUUGGUCCCCGAAGGCCUCAGGGCAGGUGUGUGGUGUGUGGGCGACUCCACAAGACCUGGCUCCCACCCUGGCAGCCCAGCCUGAGACCGUUGCACUGAGGCAGGCAGGAGCGGCAGGGUGGCUGCUCUCCAGGAGCCCAACUGCCUUGGGUUCCUGCCCCACUGGGUCCCCUCCCCUGCUGGGCAAUCCUGGGAAGGUCUGGAGGUUCCUGUGGACCUCAGAGAAGCCAGGGGCAGGUGCCAGUCCUGAGGAAGACCUCUGGAGCUCCUCUCUAGCCUCCUCUUUCCCUCCCCUCUGGUCUUCAGUCUCUUCAGCUCCCUACGUGGGCUGGGGAGGAGACACCUGGCGGGCAGAGCUCAGGCAGAGGUUUGGAUUUCAGCUCCCUCCCUUCCUAGGCUGUGUGGCUUUGGCGGAUGUCAGAUUUCUGGUUUUGCUUCUCCAUGUGGACAGUGAGUAUCUGGCUCAUUCUUCACUGGGUUCUUCUGAGAUUGAACCUACAGGUGUUUGCCAAGUGCCUGGCCCAGAGCAAGUAGCCACUAACUGCUUCUCCCACCUCUCUCCUGCCCAACCUGGUAGAGCUGAGGGCAUGAGAGGCAGAGUGCACAGUGGUUAAGGGUGCAGCUCUGCAGCACAGGCAGCCUAGGCCUGCAUCCUGCCCUGCCUCUCACCAGCUCUGUGACCUUGGGCAAGGGAUUUAUCUGUCUGUGCCUUAGUUUUCUCACCUGUAAAAGGAGGAUGAGUAUAUAUAUGUAUUUCCCAGUGUUGUGAGGAUUAAAGGAGUUUAUCGAUGUAGAUUUUAGGAUGAGUCCUGGCAUUUACCAAGGGUUGGAAUUGUGUUAUUAUCACUAUUAAGUGUUGAGGGGCCAAGCGUGGUGGGCAACAGGGCCCCAUCUCUACAAAAAAGUUUAAAAAAUUAGCCAGGUGUGCUGGUGCAUCUGUCGUCUUAGCUAUUUGGGAGGCUGAGGUGGGAGGAUCACUUGAGCCCAGAAGCUUGUAGCUGCAGUGAGCUAGGAUCGUGCCACCACACUCCAACCUGGGUGACAGAGUGAGACCCUGUCUCAAGAAAAAAAAAAAAAGAUGCAGAGAAACAGGAGCCUUGGCUACUCCUUUAGAGGCAGACUCAGACCCUCCUGCCUCACAGCUUUAUCUUUGUAUUUGCCCCUUACUUUAUCUUGUGCCUUGAGAAAUUGCUGGGGAGAGAGGUGUGUCCACUGGGCAGCUGUACAGGGUGGAGGCUCUAGGGUGUUUCCACUCCCAGCAGCCAGGUUCCCCCAUCCCAAGUUCACCCACUGGUGGGGAGAUUAGCUACAAUAACACCAGAAACACAUUGGGGUGGACUGAGGGUAUCCUUGUGGGUUCUUUUCAGGCAGCCAUUGCUGGACAAGGCACAGGAGCCACCUCCAUUUCUGAGCUCUGCAAGGGACAAGAACUAGAGCCAUCGGGGGUGGGGCUCACUCUGGCCCCUCCCCAAGCUGUCAGCCUCCAGGGAUCUACACUCUGCCUUGGCUGCUACAUCCUUUUCACUCCACUGCCUUAGGAGAGUUCAGCAACCUAAUGACCUCUAUCUCUGAACAUCUCUUCGUCCCAUGCUCCAAGUCCAGCAACCUACACCAUGAAACCAGGAGUGGACCCUACCCAAGCUGUCUGUACUACUCCCCAUCCCUCACCACCAAUCUUAAAAAGCCCUCUGUCCCCCCACCCUAAACCCCAGUUAGGUACCCAUGCUGGGCAGGUCACUUAACAAUUUAUGUACAAGUACUAGUUUUAGUGUAUUACCAUCACAGGGUAGCUUUGAAAAAAGCAUUUCAAAAAGGCAACAUGGGCUGAGCACGGUGGCUCACGCCUGUAAUCCCAGCACUUUGGGAGGCCGAGGUGGGCUGAUUGCCUGAGGUUGGGAAUUCAAGACUAGCCUGGCCAACGUGGUGAAACCCCGUCUCUACUAAAAAUACGAAAAUUAGCCAGGUGUGGUGGCACGCAUCUGUAAUCCCAGCUACUCGGGAGGCUGAGGCACGAGAAUUGCGUGAACUCAGGAGGCGGAGGUUGCAGUGAGCCAAGACUGUGCCACUGCACUCCAGCCUGGGUGACAGAGUGGUACUCUGUUUCAAAAAAAAAGGCAAUAUGUAGCCGCGAAGACUGUUGCCCAAGUGGUAGAAUUUUAGCACAGUACAAGCCUAGGUAAAAAAUACAAAAAGUAACAGGGCAUGGUGGCACUCAUCUAUAGUCCUAGCUACGUGGGAGGCUGAGGUGGGAAGAUCACUUGAGCCCAUCAGGAGGCGGAGGAUGCAGUGAGCUGAGAUCGCAGCACUGCACUCCAGCCUGGGUGAUAGAAUGAGACUCUGUCUCAAGAAAAAAAAAAAAAAAAAAAAAAAAAUUUAGCACAGUAACCAGCCCUUAUGGGAGAUACCCUGGGUAAGGCAUGUAGAAAGGGUUGAGGGACCUUCCCAGCCCCACCUCCCAUGUUGUUUUUUUUUUUUUUUUUUUUUUUUUUUUUAAGAGAAUCACCUAGCCUGGAGCGAAGUGGUGCAAUCAUAACUCACUGUAUCCUCAAACUCCUGGGCUUCAGCGAUCCUCCUGCCUCAGCCUUCUGAGUAACUAGGACUUCAGGUGCAUGCCACCACGCCUGGCUAAAUUUUUUUUUCUUUUUUUUUGAAAAGAAAAAAAGAGUGAGACUCCAUUACUCAGGCUGGAGUGCAGUGGUGCGAUCUCGGCUCACUGCGACCUCCACCUCCCGGGUUCAUGCCAUUUUCCUGCCUCAGCCUCCCGAGUAGCGGGGACUACAGGUGCCAGCCAUCACACCCGGCUAAUUUUUUUGUAUUUUUAGUAGAGACGGGGUUUCACCAUGUUAGCCAGGAUGGUCUCAAUCUCCUGACCUUGCUAUCCACCUGCCUCGGCCUCCCAGAGUGCUGGGAUUACAGGUGUGAGCCACUGCGCCCGGCCAAAUUAAAUUUUUUGUAGAGAUGAGGUCAUGCUGUUAUGUUGCCCAGGUUGGCCUCACAUGAGAUCUUGCCUUAGCCUCCCAAAGUGCUGGGAUUACAGAUGUGAGACACUGCACCCGACCCCCACCACUUUUUUUUUUUCUUUUUUCUUUUUUUGAGACAGUCUUAUUCCGUUGCCCAGGCUGCUGGAGUGCAGUGGGAUGAUCUUGGCUCACUGCAACCUCUGCCUCCCGGGUUCAAGCAAUUCUCCUGCCUCAGACUCCUGAGUAGCUGGGAUUACAGAGGCCUGCCACCACACCUGACUAAUUUUUGUAUUUUUAGUAGAGACGGGGUUUCUCCAUGUUGGCCAGGCUGUUCUUGAACUCCUGACCUCAAGUGCUCCACCCGCUUUGGCCUCCCAAAGUGCUGGGAUUACAGGCAUGAGCCACUGUGCCUGGCUGACCCCAGCACCUUUCAAAUGAUGCCACCCAAAAGCCGUGACUUGGCCUACUUUGAACAGUGACCUUGUUGCUGCUGUUGUCAACCCGAAGGCCUCUCAAAUGCCAGCUUCAAGCAGGGUGUGAACUGGCCAGUGUCAAAUCUCAGGAGUCCUGUGUUGGGAGUGUAGCUUUCAGCUGCGGGGAGCUGCACUUAGUGGGGAAAGCCAGGCAGGUCACCCUCACAGCCGGAUAAUGUGGAGGUCAGAACCUAAGGAAGGGAGUGAGACCUCCACCCCCAGUGGGGGACCUGGCCACCCAUCCUUGGGGACCUGAGAAAGCAUACUUCACCUUGGGGUGAAGGCUGGGUGGGGCCAGAGGGACCAGUGCCCUCCUCAGUGCUUAGGGGCAGAGCCACCUGCAGCAACGGUAUCUUAUUAGCCCCUCUCCACCUUCUUUCUCCUGCUGAAUCAUUUCCCUCAAAGCCCAAGACCUGUCACUGCUUCUUUCCCCCUGGGAAGAAUGCGUGGACUCUGCCUGGUGUCAGACUGAAGCCAGAACAGUGCCACACCCUCACCUUAAUUCCUUGCUAGAUAUUCUCAGAUUUAUGAGACUUUAGUCAAAGAUGAGGGAGGCUGGAUGUGGUGGCUCAUGCCUGUAAUCCCAGCACUUUGGGAAGCCAAGGUGGGAGGAUCCUUUGAAGCCAGGAGUUUGAGACAAGCCUGGGCAAUAAAGCAAGACCCUAUCUCUACCAAAAAAAAAAAAAAAAUCUAGGAGAUGCUCUUUUCCCUUACUGGCCUCAAAUUAUUAAUAGUUCCUUUGAGCAACAUUAUUUAUUGUGAACUUUCAAACCCAAAAAAGUAGAGAGAGUAGAAUAACAAAUCUCCAUGAGCCCAUCACCCAACUUCAAUAAUUAUCAAUUCAUGGCCAUCUUGUUCACCCCUGACUGCUUCCCCUCAUUCUGCACAGGUUCUUUUUUUUUUUUUAACUUUUUUUUUUUUUUUGAGACGGAGUGUUGCUCUGUUGCCCAGGCUGGAGUGCAGUGGCUCAACUUUGGCUCACUGCAACCUCCGCCUCCCGGGUUCAAGUGAUUCUCCUGCUUCAGCCUCCCAAGUAGCUGGAAUUAGAGGUGCCUGCCACCACACCUGGCUAAUUUUCGUAUUUUUGUUAGAGAUGGGGUUUCACCAUGUUGGCCAGGCUGGUCUCAAACUCCUGACCUCAAGUGAUCUGCCCGCUUCAGCCUCCCAAAAUGCUGGGAUUACAGGUGUGAGCCACGGUGCCUCGCCACUGUACAGGUUCUUUAUAGAAGUUGGAGAGUGAAGGGUUGAGAAAGCCAAGGGGCAGACGUCUGUCUGGAGGAUUUUGUGCCAAACGCCCUCUCUUUGCUCCCAGGCAGCAUGAAGUAACAAUGAGGCAUCCACCUCUUGGUUUUGUGGCCUCUGUGGAUGAUGUCUCUCUCCUUGAACCAAUUCAGAGCUGAAGUAGCGCUGCAUCCUGUCUUAGGAGGAGGGGCUGAAGUGGGUUCCUCUGUUGUCAAGCUCUUUGGAGGUGCCUGGCUGCUACUACUGUCCCAGAGAGGUGAUGAUGAAUGAUAGGUGUGUCCAGCAGCAGUCUGCCCCACUGAGGCAAGGGCUUCCACUAGGCCCUGACAGAGCCCUUCCAGCAGGCAGAAAUCCCCGUGUUGGGCAAGAUUCAAACUCUGGAGCAUGUCUCCUGCUUCCAUCUCUUAGGAAUGGAGUCCUUCAGGCCUUGAGACCCACGUUUUCCAUGAUGCUCCAUUAAGCAGCAGAUAGCACCCCCACCUCCAGGGAAAGUGAGUCCAGAGUCCUUGGUCUAAUGCAUCUGGGUUGAAAUUGAUUCCUCUCCCUGUGUUCACCUUUCUACUCUUUUUCCUUUAGCCCAAGGCUAUGAAGGCCUCAUUUGGUGCUGGGCAUGGUCACUCCCAGCAUUCCUCACUCUGUUGCUAAAAGCAACAGCAAUAAUAAGGAUUACAAGGUACUCCAUACCUUACUGUCUGCCAGGCAUUACGCUAAGUGCUUCACAUAUAUUAACUCAUUUAAUCCCCACAAUGACCCUAUGAAAGCUAUACCAUCUCAACCCAAUUGACAGCUGGUUUGCAAGAUUAGGAGGGAUGAAGGACCCGGGGGACAAUGUGAGGGAAAACUCUAGCCCUGGGGCCCCAGGCUGGAUGCUCUUUAUGUCUGUGAAUCACAGCCUGUCACCUGUCUGGAGUCAGGGACCCCACUUAAAGUGAGAUUUUGGCUGGACGUGGUGGAUCACACCUGUAAUCCCGGCACUUUAGGAGACCAAGGCAGAAGGACUGCUUGAGUUCAGGAGUUCAAAACCAGUGUGGGUAACAGCUAGACUCUAUCUCUACAAAAAAUUUAAAAAUUAGCUUGGUGUGGUGAUACGUGCCUAUAGUUCCAGCUACUCAGGAGGCUGAGGUGGGAGGAUCACUUGAGCACAAGAGUUUGAAGUCACAGUGAGCUAUGAUGGCACCACUGCACUUCAGCCUGGGCAACAGAGGGAGACCCUGUCUCUAAAAUACAUAGAGAUUUUCACACCAACACAUCCCUGCCCAGUAUGCCAAGAUCUGCCACCUGCUAUAAUAGUACUAUAACACUCAAUAUGUAAUUAAUGUAGUCUCAGGGAUGUUGUGACAAUAUGAUUACAACUAUCAUGUGUGUGCCCAGCCAGGCUCAAUGCCCCAAGGCUGGGUGAGGUGGGGCAGGGGACACAGCCUAAAAUACCAGGCCUCAGGAAGCCACUUGGCUUAGCAGACAUUGUUUAUUAAAGGAGUUCCCUAUGCCAGAUUGAAGGCCUAAGAUGAUUAAGACACUAUGAGUGCCUUCAAGUGGUUGGGGACGUUCAUGAGGUGUGGUGCAGACAAACAGGCUUUCACAUCAUUCUUUUAUAUAAUCAUCAACAGAUAUUUGCAUCUGCGUGUGCAGAGCAUUGGGAUAGGCCUCAGUGGCACAUACUAAUACAGCAAAGACCCCACCCGAUGGGCCCCCUCCCACCACCCACCAAUACAGUAGGGGGUGGUCUAAUGGAGUGUUCCUGGAACAUGAACGGGGGCAGGCAUUAGGGGUGGCAAGGGGACAGGUGUUAAUCUGAUCAGUUAUGUACUGUUUAUAAUAACUAAAUCAGGGGAGGAGGAGUAAUACUUAGAGCCUAUAGAGAGUAAAUCUGACAAAAUGUUGACGAAAAUAUGGAGGAAAUGAAACUCUCAAGGGUUCUGCAGGGAAUCUGAGUCAGUGCUGUGGUCUGAAUGUAUGUGUCCCCUUUGAAUUCAUAUGUUGAAACCUAACCCCCAAAGUGAUAGCAUUAAGAGGUGGGCCUUUGGGGCUGGGCAUGGUGGCUUGUGAUUAUAAUCCUAGCACUUUGGGAAGCUGGCGGGGGGCAGAUCACUUGAAGCCAGGAGUCUGAGAUCAGCCUGGCCAACAUGGUAAAACCCUAUCUCUACUAAAAAUACAAAAAUUAGCCAGGUGUGGCGGUGUACAUCUGUAAUCCCAGCCACUUGGAGGCUGAGGCAGGAGAAUCGCUUGAACCCAGGAGGUGGAGAUUGCAGUGAGCCGGGAUCGCACCACUGCACUCCAGUGUGGGUGACACUGCGAGACUCCAUCUCAAAAAAAUAAUAAAAUGAAAUAAAGAUGUGGGGCCUUUGGGAGGUGGUUAGGUCACGAGGGUGGAGAUCAUGAAUGGGGUUAGCACCUUAUAAAAGAGGCGUGAGGAAGUCCUCUGUCACUUCCACCAUGUGAGGAUGCAGUCAGAAGGCACUGUAUCUCUGAAGCAGAGAGCCCACCCUGGACACUGGAUCUGCUGGCACCUUGAUCUUGGACUUCCCAGCCUCUAGAACUGUGAGAAAUAAUUUUUUGUUGUUUACAAAUUACCCAGGCUAAGGUGUUUCAUUGUAGCCUGAAUGGACCAAGUUGGUGUGACCCUGUUGGAAAACUGGCAGUAUCUACCAAAAGCCAAACAUACAUAUAAACUGUGAUCCAGCAGUUCCACUCCUGGGUGUGUACACCACACAAACAAGAGCUACGUCCACCGAGACACUGGCAAGAAUGUUUCUAACCACCACACUGACUGUAGCCCCAAACUCCAAAACAACCCAAAUGUCCAUCUACCAACCCAAAUGUCCAUCCACAGUUGAAGUUGCAGUGAAGUCACAGGGUUGAAUACUACUGUAGAACAACGAAUAUGAAUGAAAAUACUGCUAUGCACAGCAAUAUGGAUAAAUUUAACAGACAUGAGGUCAAGCAAAAGAGGUCAGAUUCCUCACCAUCAAGAGAGUAUUCAUUGUAUGAUUCUGUUCCUACAAAACGUACAGAAAUAAGCAAAACUGAUCCAUGGUGUUAGAAGCCAGGAGAACAGUUAACGGGAGGGAUACUGCGGAGGGGCAUCCUGGAGUGCUGGUCUACCUCCUCAUCUGGGUGUUGAUUUCACGAGUAUUGUCAGUUUGUGUCCAGACUCCCUGUUGGAGAUGUGGAAAUAAAGACCACCUAAACAAGAGCAGAGAGGCCGUUUAGCCCAAGUCUGCAAAGGAGUCAGCCAUGAUUGCCUGCAUUUGGCAGGGGUCAAAGGCAGGCAGGGACUGGGAAAUGUUAAUAGUGGGAAAAAAGGGAAAGCUUUGGGUGUACUGUGAUUGGAGAUUGUUGGCAUGGGGACAGAGUGGACUAGGCAUGGGGACAGAGCGGACUAACUGUGGAGGGUCAUCUUUAGUUGGUUGGGGGGGUAUAUUUGGCUUUCUCUGGUUGGUCUGGAGUUGGAAGAGGAGGUGUGGUGGCUGGGGAUUGAGAAGAAGCUGGCAGCCACUAAAUUCAGACUGUUCUGGAUCCGAUUGCUGCUGAGGCUGUGGUUUGGUUUCCUUGGCUUCCCAGGCAGGUUAUGGGUUUCUGGUCAGGGUCUAUUGUCAUAUGUGGCCUGGCCAUUGUCCGGUUGUAUGUUCAGUCUCUUGAAAGGAAGGGUAUUGACUCUGAGAGGGGCUGCCAUCGCUGGAAUGGGGGACACAUAGCACUUCCUCCAGCUGCCUACACCCCCCUGGGGUCAAUGGUGCCUGCCUGUGAGGGUGAGCCCAAUGGCUAGAGAGCGCUGCUCCAAGUCAUUGCUUACUACACCCACAAACAUUCUUUGUUCUUUAAGGCCUAAUUUAAAGCCCAUGUCCUACAGGAAACCUUGAUUAGACCCCUCUCUUUAUUAAGCUUCCUAAAUUUCUAUGGCUUACUUCAAACCCUGCUUUUGUGUAAAUGCUGACCUCCUUGCCUACAUUUUAAAAACCUAGAGCUGGGCAUGAUGGCCCCAGCCUGUAAUCCCAGUGAUUCAGGAGACUGAAGUGGGAGGAUUGCUAGAAGCCAGGAGUUUGAGACCAGCCUGGGUAACAUAGCUAGACCACAUCUCUUAAAAUAAAAUAAUUAAUUCAGCCAGGCAUGAUGAUAUGUGCCUGUGGUCCCAAAUACGUGGAAGGCUGAGGUGUGAGGAUCUUUGAGCCCAGGAGGUCGAGGCUACAGUAAGCUAUGAUCGCACCACUGUACUCCAGCCUGGGUGACAGAGCGAGACCCAGACUCAAAAAAUAAAAAUAAAAACCCUGAAUACCUUCCUUCUACUUCUUCAGUGCUGUUUUUAUUUUAAAAAAACAAAACCACGACUUUUAGCUGAAGUGUAAUGUAAAUGCUGUAAAAGGCAGUGACAGACAGAAGGGAGGUGGAGGGGUAGGAAGGGUGGAAGUCACAGGGCAGGCAAAAUGAAGAAGGGAAGCCCUGGGUUCUUGUCCGGCGUCUGCAGCUAGCUCCCACUUUCCUCAUCCUCCAGCACCUGUAAACUAUGAAGCUGGACCAGUUAUGUCAAAUCUGUCCUCCCCUAGAGCUCAGUCCCUCUGCCCUUGGGUGUCCCUGGAACAAGGCAGGCUAGGCUGCACCAGCUUCCUCCACCUCUGUCCCGCCUCCUCCAUCCCCAGGUGCCAUUCCCACACCAUCUGAAUCACUGAUUUCCUCGCAAUCAGACGCUAUCUUCUAGUUAAUCACUUCACUUGUAUUUAACAUAUGAAAAACCCUUUCAUUACCACAUACAGCUGGAAAUCGGCCUCUUGCAGGAGGCAUAUCCAAUGGAAUUGGAGAAGAGAGAAACUGGUACUUGGUGAAACAAUUAAUUUUUUUUCCUACUUGCUGUCACGAUGAUGUCCUUAGAAUUGUGAGCCCAUAGACACUUCUGUACAGUAAAUCUGCUAUUAUUA